GAUGGAACCAUGAACUUUGCCGGAGCACAGCUUUUAUCACCGUUUCUUCCAGAAGACCUUGGCACGCCGCUUUUAAUUGAUAAUACUGCGCAUUUUCAAUUGGAAUUGCGCAAUUUCCAUUUUACUUUUCCGGCUUAGCCCAUACUGAGUGGAGCUUGAUGGCCAACUCCAGCAGAAGCAAGUGGGAAUAAAGAACAGCAUUCGCUGAUAUGUUCCUUCGACUACGGCAUAUCCAGGUCAAAACUGCACCUGCCUCCAUCGCGUGCUUGAUGGUGGUGGUUCAUUUUUUACCCUUAAGCUAACGGCGUUUGCUGACGUUUAGAACGUAGCGGUGACAAAAAGAGGCUGAUUCGCCGGAACCCAAAAACGCCAGUCAUGGUGACUCGGCUGCUUGAACAUCCAUACCCUAUGAAGUGCAAGAAGCGCACACGACAAGUAAGGUCCGCAUCUUUGUAUGCCAGGAGUGACUCGGCAAGCAGGUGAAGUCGAACGCAAGCGUACGUAUUAUAUCACAAGGAAAACUAGUGUGCAAUAAUGUCGACUAACCAAAAACACAUCACCUUUUGGAAUGGAGAAAAAAUGCCAAUUGUUGGACUUGGGACUUGGCAGUCCUCCAGAGAAGAAAUCGAGACAGCAAUAAAUGCAGCGUUGGAGGCUGGCUAUCGUCACAUGGAUGCCGCAUACAACUACUUGAAUGAAGACGCUAUUGGCGAAGUACUUCAGCGUUGGAUUGAGGCAGGAAAAGUUAAGCGUGAAGAGCUCUUCAUUGUGACAAAGCUACCGAUGAUUGGUAAUCGCCCGGAGGAUGUAGAAAAGUUCCUAAAGAAGUCUUUAGCCGCACUCCGUCUGGACUAUAUCGACCUCUAUCUGAUCCAUGCCCCAGUCGGUCUAAUAGGAAAACACGAUACAGACGUUUUCCCUCAUGAUGCCCAAGGAUUCGCUAUGAUAGACAUGAAGACAAACUUAGUGGAGCUGUGGAAGUCGAUGGAAAACCAAGUAGAUGCUGGUUUGGUGAAAUCAAUUGGAAUCUCAAACUUCAACGAGGAACAGAUUAGCCGAAUCAUCAAUAAUGCUCGUAUAAAACCAGCAAAUGUGCAAGUUGAACUUCAUGUUCAAUUCCAGCAAAAAUCGCUCAGAGAAUUUUGCAAAAAACAUGAACUGACCAUUUGUGCCUACGCACCACUGGGUUCACCUGGUCGAAAUGAUUUUUACUCCAAGCUAGGUCUGAAACCACCUGUUGCCAUCCCUGAUCUGUUCACUCAUCCAGUGGUAGUUAAAAUUGCUGAAAAACACAAGAAAUCGAGUACACAAGUUCUUCUCAGAUAUCUCAUUGAACUAGGGGUUGCCGUUAUCCCUAAGAGCGUCAAUCCAGAGCGUAUUCAUGCCAAUUUCCAAGUAUUCGACUUUUCCCUUUCGGUGGUUGAUAUGGCACAGCUUGGCCAACUAGAUCAAGGAGAUGCUGGCUGUACAUUUGAUUUUUCAACUUUCUUUAAAGGAAUGGACAAACACCCAGAGAAUCCAUACCCCAACCGCGUUAAAGGCAUAGUUCCAUAACAAAAUCAUUUCUGCAAGGAAAAAAACGUCUUUAUGUAAUCAAAGAUUAUAUUGUGCUAAUGCCGAAAAAUAAUAUUUAAUCGGUUUUAACCGAAUAUUUCCGUCCAUCAA